AUGAUCGAUUCAGUGUCUUCGAGUCGCCUCCUUCCUCUUUCCACAGUUAGGGUAUUAGGAAUGAGGUUGGUUUUGGCAAUUUCCGAUUUUACCCCGGUUUCGAUGGUUCCUCGGAGGAUUAUAGCGAUCCGCAGAGGGGUGGUGGAGACAGUGUUGAGGAAGUUUAUUCCAAAACUAAAUAGUAGGCGACAUGAAUUAUUUCAAGAGACACCAUUUGGGAUCUUCAUUAGUAUGCCCACCCUGAAUAGUGAUCCAAUGCUCUGUCCUUUGAUGAUGUUGCAUGAGGUUCAUGAUGUGCUGGUACCCAGGGCUAGGAGGUUUCAGUUCGAGUUACAAGGCAGGGUGGUGGAAUAUGGAAAAAAUAAUCCACAUGAUGUUGAAGCAACGGAUUUUGAGAUCGAAUUUCCAUUCCAUUCGCGUUAUCUGACUUGGACUUUGCACGGAAUGGAGUCUGCACCGAUGCAAUAG